AUGACCACCUCCAGCGUUAUCCUGCUGCCAAUGUGGCCAACAGAGGUAUCAUACGCCUCUCCAGUCCUGACGCUAUCAACCACCGCGGCUUCGCCUAUGACCAGUGCGGCAGGCAGCCUAGACCGCCACAAACGUAGUCACAGAUCUUCUUCCGACGACUCAUCCAAUGAUGGAAGGGUCAUGGAUGGCUUUGUGGAAGAGGACCUGCGCGCAGGAGGGCCCAACCUGUGCGAGCCACCCUGCUACAGCCUGCAAUUGCCGCAGGGUCAUGCCCUAUAUGCACAGCUGUGCAUCAAUGGAACCUACCAAAACGACAUCCAGAUCCUGGGCCGCCUAAACGGGUUCACGAUCAGCGACGUCUCGUUCGUCGGUCGGACGUCCCGCUACAUGCCGAACAACCCACCGGUUCUCACAGCACUGCUCACCGUGCAUCGGCACAAUCCCCAAGACAGAGGGUGGGCGGAGCUUGCGCGAAAGGUCUGGGGUUUCUUGCAGGACUGCCAUCUGGGCGAGGCGAUCUCCGUCGAGAUCGUCGAUCCACGUUUUACUCGCGCCCCGUAUAUGUUCCCCUGCCGGCCCGCAGACGAGAUCUACCCGAUCUGGGAGUCUGUCUGUGAUCGCAUACUCCGCGGGACGGAUUUGACCGGUAUCCAUGCCAUAGGAUGCCUCCGUAUCGGCAAUGCGCUUGACCCACAAUCUUGUGUGCCGAAUAUCCUAGUUACAGUGUCGAGAGGCAGCACGCGUAACUGGGACCUCGUUAGGGAGGAUAUCCUCCAGACCCUGAUGGAAUUCCGGCUGCAUGCCGUUGGCGUGAUCAUCCGGAAAGACUUACCGACCACGCAUUCUGGCCCGCAGACCACUGAGAAACUCCAGGCCGAGGCUUGCACCGCGUUGGCUUCCCUGGGGUGCAGCCUGGGACCCCAUGGCUGGCCCAAUACCGAUGGCACUCUCGGAGGGUUCCUGGAACUUCGCGACCCGGGCUCUGGACAAUGGGUGGAGUUUGCACUCACAUGCUUCCAUUGUGUAAGUCCGUCCGAGGCAGACAUGGUCGGAGUCCAGAAGGAGGAUGCAAACAUAUACUCGCAGUGGACACGCAAUGGCAUCACUCCCCAAGAACAAGAUAAUGCCCGUCGACUUCUCCCCAUAGACUCCCCAAGCCAGCGCGAUAUCCGCGACGGGAUUGAGAGGCUCGAAACACUGGUCUCCGGCCUCAAGGCGGGUAGUUACUACCGAGACGUCCAGCGCGCUUUGGACGCCGGUGAAUCUGUGAUCCCGAGCGACAUGGGGAUGUGGAAGGGGGUUCGCAAGCAAAUCGGUGUCCUUGAGAACAGUAAGCGUGAGAUGGAGCGAUAUCUCAAGGACCACAAAUAUCGCCUCGGCCAUGUGUUUGCCGGCUCUGGUCUCCGAGAGGCCGUGUCGCGUAAUGUCGGGCCUAAUACAAAAGGGUGGCAGACGGUGAGAGACUGGGCAUUGGUGCAACGAAGGAACGAUCGUUCUUUCGGAAAGAAUGAUGUAAGUCACCUCCAGGUUGUCUGUCCCCAGCAGAUCGACAUCCUCCCCCCCGGCAGGAAUAUCGACAACGGGGAAGCCCUUUACAAGGUGGGCCGGAAGACUGGGGUAGCUCACGGGGUAUAUACCGCGUUGAGAACGGCCAAAGUUGCUCGGCAAUAUGCUGAUGGGGCCUGGGUGGACAAGGUUACCUUGGAACAUACGGUGAUGUCGGACGACAGAAAUAAGUCCUUUGUUAUGGGAGGAGACUCGGGGGCUCUCGUAUACAGUUUGAAUGGCUUGGUGGUGGGGAUGUGUUUCGGCGGCCAGAAUGACGGCGAACUGGGGUAUUUCACCCAUAUCCAAGACGUGUUGGAGGAUAUUAGACGGGUAACGGGUGUGAAGGAGAUUCGCCUCAAGCGAUAG